AUGCGUGAUGGUUCUGGCUUCAUGUGCCACACUUCUUACUUUCGUAUUACAAUCUCUCUAUGCGGGUUGACAGUGCGGUCAGCCGGUGUGAUUUCUCUAGCAUUGCAUCCUUCUGAGCCGCCCAUGUUAUGGAACAUUGCCAACCAGACAGAUGGCGUCGAGCAGCAAAACAGGAGCGCGCAGCUCAUCAUCGUGGACACGGUGCGGCACAUAGCCGAGGAAUACAGCCAUCAAGGUGACCAUAGCCGCGGCGUGGUGAGCACGUGGGCGUGCAUCACCAUCGUGGCCUCGAUCUCCAUGCUGAUAGCGUGCUUGUGCAGCUACCCGAUGAUGCCGCACAGCCUGCAGCUGAUACUCUGGACUGUCCGAUCGAAGGCGAGAGGAGCAUGGCAGGCGCUGCCCUCGUCGUGCCCCCACCGCCCGCACCCGCGCGCGAGCCCCCGCCCGCACGCCGCCGGCCUCACCAACGACCGCCUCACGAGGCUCUGCGCGGGCGCCGGGGCGCCGCCCACCCCGCCGCCGGCGGAGGGCGGCGACCGGGAGGCGGCGCGCGGCGAGGAGCACGCGGGGCCCCCGCCGUGCCCGCAGGAGGCGGAGGGGCUGGACACUCGCGUGGAGGCCGCGGCCUGCGGCUGA